UUAAUCAAAUUAUUCAAAUAACUGUCAGUUAACUGUCAAUUACAUGUUUUGUUUUCUAAUUUGAUAUUAUUACACAAAUCAAAAUGCGGAUUACCGUGGCUUCUUUCCCAAGCAUUUAAUCACAUUAAAUCACGAAAAUAUUGACCAUUAAAUAUUGAAAGAAUAGAAUACAAUCAUACAUAUCGACAAUGCCUCCUGCAACCGGACUUCAGUUCUACCGAAAGAAGCAGACGAUAGAUCAAUUAGCGCUCGAGCGUCCCCAGUCUUUGCCUAUUUUUAGGUCAUGUGUUCUCAAAGCUUUAGUAGCUGUUGAUCGUCGAAUUGAUCUUCUGCAACAGUCUUACUAUGGUCCCGAAAACGACAUUGAACAAGAGAUUAAGCGAUGGCUCGGGCCACUUUCAAAAGUUCUGAAAGAAAGCAAAAUAACCUACUUAUUAUGCAAAACACAGCUUGACGAUGCUGUAGCAAAAUUUAAAAGGUCCGAGGGAGAUCCAACGAUGGUUGUUGACUUCGACAAAGAAGCUAUAAGAACAGUUAUUGACAUUGUCGAAAGAGUUACUCAGUAUUUGAAAACGGGAUUUGCGGAUAUUAUCCGAGACCUGAAAAUUAUAAGUGAAUAUAUGUGGAAAUAUUGCCUGAGUUUUUCAUCGAAGGAAGGAGAUUUGUACCUUGACACCGCUGUUAAUUAUGAACGCCAACGACAAGAGUUUUCCGAGGCAAUUAAUUUUAACUUGGAUGAUAUAAUAAACAUGGCGGAACAGUUCGAAACAAAAGGAAUGCAGAUACAGGAACUUGGUUUUGUCGCACGUGAUCUUGCAGCACGUUGCAAGGCAGCGCACGCGCCCUUCUUAGUUAUCAUACCGCAGGCGUUUGAAAACUUACGACAUGUAGUUACGGGAAUGAGAAAAUGGAUUGAAGCAGACGAAGGUUACUCUGAUUUUAUUAAAUUUGACAUUGACGAAAUGGAAAUAAAGAGAGAUAAUCAGGACAAAAUUGUACGUGACAUGCAAAUAAAGUGUUCAAAUUGUGACCAUAAGUUAAAAACGGCCAAACGUUAUCUAGUCGACAUAACAGCUGAAGUGAAUAGUUUUAAGAACCGGGAAGCUUUGUUGACAAAGGAAAGGGACGAUUUGAUAUCUGAAAAUAAAGAUGUACUAGUUGACCUCGAUAUAAAAGUGUUCCGAAAAGAAGAAAUGAAGGCUAGACUCGAUACACUUUCGGAUUUUGAACUAGAAAAGUUUCAUCAGCUUGAUAGUGAAAUCGAAGAACUGAAUGAAAAGAAGCCACAGAUUGAGAAAAAACUGCAUGAUCUGAACAAAAAACUGGAACUUAUCCGAGAUCGAAAAGACACCAUGUCAAAACGCCAACAUGAGGUUGAAGAUGCUACUGUUGAAGUCCGGAAGAUAAAGAAACAGUUUAGAAAAAGUGAAGUAGAAUUAGAACGUCUCGACGCUAAUCUGUCAAGACUUAAAGAAAUAUAUAGAUACAAAACAACGCCCGAAAUAUUGAAAAAGAUCUUCCAUGGCAUGCCUUUAACAGCUAGACACGUUGUCAACAAGGGAAAACGACCUAUUAUGGAUAAACUGGAGAGGUGCUGUAAAAUAACUGCAUCAUAUAUCGAUACUGAUUGGACAAGACUGUACCAGGUUUUACCUUUCCAUCCUGCACGAGGUGAACAAACCAUCCUGAAAGACGUGGACGAGAUCAGCAAGGAAUAUAUGCGACAUAUAGCAGAAGAGAAAUGCAGGCAAGGUUUAUGGAGAUGGAGAAGAAUGCAUACUCGCGCAAGCGUAGAAGACCUGAAAAAAGCUCUACUUUCUAUCAAGCGGAAGGAUAUAGUUGAAGCAAUAGAUGAGGAUAUAGUUCGCAGGGCAAGCAAGCCCAAUAUUCCUUCGCCUGCAUUCAGAACAAUUAGAUUCCCUAAAUUAAAAGCAAAUACUUGAAAAGAGACGAUUGUGCCGGUACAUCACUGUAGUGGGAAAAAAUCUUGAAAUACACUAACCUAGCUAAAAUGUUAUUAUAACAAUCCUUAUGUUUUUUAGUCAAGAAAGAUAUCAUAUUGUUGUCAAAUAAAAAUAUCCAUCAUUUACAUGUAUCACGGCAAACAUUUGAUUAACGAUAGGUACAUAAGCAGUUGGCGAGUCUGAAAUUUCGGACUUGGUAUAAACGAACAAAAUUUUUUCAAUAGCAAAUGGGAACACGUUAUUUUAACGUGCAGUUUUGGUAAACUAUGAAUUCUACAGUAGGAUUUUAGUAAAGUAUUCAAUGUUUC